AUGAGCAUACCAGAUUUUGUUGAUAAUUUACAUGUUGAGCCUUACUUAAUUGAUAGUUUUGGCUUCUCUUCUUAUGGUAUUCGUGGAAAGCAAUACCACACAGGUUAUGAAACACCCGAAAGUCCCGGUUCCCCCAUAACACCACACAAAGAAUUCAGCUACUCUAAUAUAACUGACGAAAUGGCAUCCAAGUUAGAAAGGAUUGGUAAGGCAUAUGAUUCUAUUGAGGAUUUUGAGAAGAACAAAGACCUUGAGAAUGAUGCAGAAAAUGUAGGAACUAUGGUUGCAAGAAUGAAAUGGUAUAAAGUUUAUAGAACGAAAUAUGAGAAUAUAAAAGUAUUUGGAUAUUUUUGGAUGAUUCUUAGUGAUAUAAUUAAAAUUCAAGCCAUGUUAAUUAAUCAACGACAACCAAGAGAAAUCAGUGUUUUUAUUGAAGAAGUGUUUAUUAAAGGAUAUCUUGUGUUGGCAUACGAGUGUUGGGGAGAACGGAUGUUUCAAGAAAUCGGAAUGGCAAAUUCAAAGUUGAAUAUUUUUGAUGAAAUUGAGAAAUCGGAAAUCUUUAUAGAUAUGUAUAAAGAGAUUGCGGCUAUCGUUAGUUUUAUUAAUAUAAUGACAACAAUUUAUGUAAGUACUAAUGGAGUAAAUCCAAGAACCAUAACAUUUUUUGAACAAAUUCCCAAAGGUGCAGAUUUAACUAGUAUUAUGAAUCAGUGUAGAGAAUUAAUUAUGAUUGAAGAUAUUUUCGAAAUGGAGAAUGAGUUGAACCAAAUGGCAUAUUAUUUAAAACAUCUGAAAAGAAGGCUAGCAGAGAUUGCGGAAAUGAAUAAUGUGGAUGUGGAAAAUAAGAGUGAAUAUUUGAAAGCGUUAGAGAAAUCGUACAAUUGGACUGCAGUGUUUGAGAAUGACGCUAAUGCUACAAAUAGUUAUAACAAUACUAAUGAUGGCAAUAGUUUCAUUAAACGCAAGAAUCCCGAAUUAAGAAAAUAUUAUUACGAGAUGUACGAUAGAGAAGCAUUGAUGGAUCUUCUUAACGAAUUAAAAGAAGAAAUGAGACGAGAAGAACUGAAGACCAAAAGGAUUAAUGACUUAAAUAAAUUAAAGAAAUUUAAAGAGUCAAAAAUAAAAUGA